CCAAGACGGGGCUCCAGCACUAGAGGGAUGUGGAGCUGUUGGAGUGGGUCCAGAGGAGGGCCAUGAAGAUGCUCACAGGGCUGGAACACCUCUACUUUGAAGACAGGCUGAGGGAGCAGCUGGGCUUGUUCAGCAUGGAGAAGGGAGGACUACGGGGAGACCUCCUUGUGCCCUUCUAGUAGUUAAAGGGAUAUUAAAAGCAGAAGGGAGUCUGACAGUGAUAGGACAAGGGGGAAUGAUUUUAAACUAAAUGAGAGGAGAUCCAAAUAAGAUACUAGGAGGAAAUUCUUUAUUCAGAGGGUGGUGAGUCACUGGCAUAGGCUGCCCAAAGAAGUUGUGGAUGCCCCAUCCUUGGAGGCAUUCGAGGCCAGACUGGAUGGGGCCCUGGGCAGCCUGGUCUCAUGGGUGGAAUCCCUGCCCAUAGCAGGGGGAUUGGAACUGGAUAACCUUUAAAGUCCCUUUCAACGCAAGCCAUUCGGUGAUUCUGUGAAAUAAUCUUGAAUUCCUCUUCUAAUUAUAGGUAAUAGAGAAAAGGAUGGCGUUUCUGUGAUCUUAACGUUCUGAAGAAAGGGAUGCACAAAACAUUCAUCUGUGAGGAUCAUGCUUGCCUUCAGUGGAGCAGUCACAGAAAUGUCCCUCUUAAAAACAAGACGUGCUUGAGUUUAUCUUGUAAAUCCUCAAUCCUUAGAAACAUAGACUGCAGAGCAGCAUUCUCCUAUUUAAUCUGUUUACUGCUGUAGCAAUAUCUUUAUUUACUUUUAGGUUUUGAAAUACCCUGCGUGCAGAAUGUCUUACAGUGGUUGGAUGACGUGUUUUUUCUUAGUAGUCGUCUGGCCUGGUUAUCUCAGUCAUUAUUUUUAGAAAUGUUCUAUUGGGAAUACAUAAAUACUUUUGUUCAUGCCAUUUUGUUUUCAGAGUUGCUGAAUUUCCAUGUUGUAAUUCUAUAGACAGGAACAUCAGCAGCAUAGAGUCUGGGCUUGAAUUGCUCUAACAGCAGCUUGAUCCAUGUUGGGAGUUAAUACAGGGUUUAUCAUGUCCCUGUCUCUCUUUUACAUUGCAGUAUGCAGAUCCAACUAAGAGACUGAAUUGUUGAAACUGUCCGGAAUCACAUUACCUGCAAGGGAACCUAGGGAACAGCUUGCAGGUGCCGAAGUUUGCUUUCCAGCUGUUCUUCUGGGGAUCUCUGCCAUACAUUUUCUUAUUUUCAUUUUUGUGUGUGAGCACCUGUUGAGAUUGAGCCUCCCCAUUUAGUUGUUCUAAAUCCAAAGCAAAGGCAAGCUGCAACAGGUAGCUGUAAUAAUAGGAGAUGAGGAAAGGAGUGAGUGCAGCUGUCAGGUGCUGAAGUUGUGUAGGCUAACAGUUCAUGCACCAGGUAACUUUGAAUCCUGAAGAUUCCAAAAGUAGAGUGUAAUACACAAUUUAAUAACAACAUAGUAGUUGCUAUCUUGUUUGUAGCUGUUAAAGACUUCGCAUUUACAGAGUGAAAUUUUUGCUUGUUCUUUUUGUGCUAUUCAACAUGCGUUUGUCUUACAUCUUUCCUUCAUAACAGCUCCAUUUGUUCAUGUAUUUAUAACUAGAAAAUUAUUGUAUUUUAAUUAAAAACUGCUGCUGUUUGUUUUUUGUAGUUUUUUUUUUUUUUAAUGAAAAGAUGCUCUGAGUUUCCACUGUUCUCAUGGGAGAGAAGGGUCUGUGAAGGUAGAAGAGAUGUUCCAGUAGUUCCUUGCUCUGCACUUUUUAAGGGAUUUUGCUUUUUUAGUUUCUGCAUCAGCCUUUUCUGCAGGUUGCUGGGGCCAUUUGAAAGUGUCGAUAUUGUGGGAUGCUGUAAUUUGUGUUUCUUCCUUUGGGGCCGGUUGUAUGUGCUGAAUCUAGUAAUUAUAAAAUUGUUUGUUGCCUCAUUUUGGAAAAAGAGGACUAGUGUUGCAAACCAUGAGGCUGUACUACCUACCCAGUCACCACCCAGAAAUAAACCUCUUCCUCUCAAGAAGUUUCACUGGAAUGUCUGACUCACAGGGAGCGAAUGAAAGCAUUCGGUGGGCAAAAUAUUUUGAGUCUUUCAGAUUAAAUUUGCCACUGACACAUACAAUGUUAAUGCUCAUGGAUGUUAAGACUGUUUAAGUUACAAAGAAAAAAUUAUAGUGAAGGAACUCAAUGUCUUCAGUUGUGUAAGGCUGACUAGUGAUAGCUCUGCAUUCUUUGAGCUACUUUUCUAAUAUUAAUUUUAAAAUAAUGUCAGGAAUGCCAGCUACUGCUUUUAAAGUAAAAUUUGACCCAAUCACUUUAAAAGGCAGCAAUUUUUAUGCCCUAUCUCAGGCAGUCAUUGUCAGCAUGAAAUGAAAUAAUCCAUGCUGGUGCAAGUAAACAAAAGUAACCACGGAUCUGGAAUUCGAGAUAAAUGAGAAUUCCCUAAUUAGACAGAUCUCAAUAUGGUGAUUCACUAAAACUGCAUAUUGAUGUAUUGAUUUUGAUUGGACUUCAACAAAAACCAUGUGAAAAUGUCUGAAAACUAACCAAAAGUCUUGUGGCUGGAUUAAUUUCAGCUGCCUCUGUUGCUAUACCGCAUUCUGUCCAAAUUAGGCCAGAAGCAUCUCAGUCUCUCGCAUCCCAAGAGCGUGUCGUGCUAGCAGGGGACUCUCCUAUCCAGUGAUGAUCUAAAGCAGAAUAAUUCCAAGAGCAACUUCUCCCAAAGCAUCCCUCAGCCUGCAGAAGGCUUGGCUGGUGGGGCCAAGUGACGACAUACCGCUGUGGGCAGCAGUGCCCGCAGCCUGGCUGGGUGUGUUUGAGUCAACUUCGAGCCCUAGGAACCGGUUUUUCAGUGCAGCAGGAAAACACACCCCAGGCAAAGCAAGGGCACCUCCCUCUGCACGGCCGCAUGGGGCCCCUUGCUGCAGGUGAGGAGGAAGAGGAGUUGACGGCCACAAUGAAGGGACUGAGCCACCUGUUUCGUGUCAGGGAGGACACGAUGCAUGGAGAUGCAGCAGCCAACCACAACAGCUUACUGCCAGAUGAGAAAGAAUUUCAGCAGGCAGCUAAAAUGAACAAUUUGGAAACUAUGGAAAAGCUGUUUAAGAAGAAUCUUAACAUAAACGCUGUGGAUACUUUGAAGCGCACUGCACUGCAUUUUGCUGUUGCAAGAAGCCAUAUGUCUGCAGUGGAUUUUCUGCUCCAUCACAAAGCUAGAGUUGAUAUGGCAGAUCAGCAUGGCCUGACAGUGAUCCAUCUUGCAGCUUGGACUGGAAAUCUAGAUAUAAUGAGGAAAUUAGUUAAAGCUGGUGCUGAUCAAAGGGCUAAGAACGAGGAAGGAAUGAAUGCACUGCACUUUGCAGCACAGAACAACAGUGUAAAAAUAGUUGAUUAUUUUCUCCAAGAUCUUCACUUGACUGACUUGAACAAGCCUGAUGGGAAAGGCAGAAAGCCAUUUCUUCUGGCAGCAGAAAGAGGCCAUGCUGACAUGAUAAAUAAUCUGAUUGCUCUAAACCUGUUCACGGCUGAAAAAGAUAAGGAGGGAAACACAGCCCUACAUCUGGCAGCUAAAAAUGGCCACAGCGAAACUGUAGAGAUUCUGCUCAAACACUGGGAUGAACUAAACGACCUCAAUCAGAAUGGAGAAACUCCAUUUUACUUGUCUGUUGAAGGAGGUAAUGAAAAAUGCGCUGAACUCUUACUGGAAGCAGGGAGUAACAUCAAUGUUUUAACUCACAACAACAGCAAUGCAUUGCAAGCUGCCAUUCAGAAUGGACACCAAUCCUUGGUCACUUUUCUUAUUGAUAAGAACAUUGACCUGGCCCCCAAACCUGAGCUGAAGAAUUCCCCUCUCCAUUUAGCAGUCAUCAAUAAUCAUCUGCUGAUAGUGAAAAAGCUCUUGGAUGCGAAUCAUGAUAUAAACUUCUUAAAUCACAGGCAGGAAACUCCUCUACAUCUGGCUGCUGAUCUUGGCAAUGUGGAGAUGGUGGAAGUGCUGCUGAAGGCAGGUUGCGACCUCAAGACCAUGGACAGGCAUGGAAAAACUGCACUUGCUGUGGCUUCAAGGAGCAAUUACGCCCUCAUUGUAGAUAUGAUCAUUAAAGCAGAAAGGUAUUAUGCCAUGGAACAGGCACACCUAGGCCAUAGAGAUGGUUGGUCAGACUCUGAUUUGUCCUUCAAACAAGAUCACAGUGCACAGACCAAGCGACUCCGUUCCUCCCUAUGGAAUCUGGCGUACAAGCAGUUAAAACCCCAGGAAUGGAAAAUACUGGCCCUGUUCUGGAAGUUCACAGAUGAACAAAUUAAAGCUAUUGAGGAACAAUGGACAGGGAAAAAGAGUUAUAAAGAACACGGACACAGAAUGCUACUGAUCUGGUUACACGGUACUUUGCUGGCUCAUCAGAAUCCUGUCAAGCAUAUAUUUAAAGACCUGGUGGAAGCAGGAUUUCGGCAUUUAGCUGAGAAGAUCAGAACUGAAAGAAGCACUGACACAGAGUCCAGAAGAUGUGAAAUUUCAUGAGUUCAUUGAUAAAACAUGGCAUACAAGAUGGAAUUACAUGCCAGAUGGAGAGACUUUCAUAUGCAAACAUCUUUUCUGGAAAUGUAGAUGCAAUUUGAAGCUGCAUGGCUUUUUCCAAGCUUGCCCUCUUGAAAUACUGGUUAUAGUUUGCUAUCCAAUGAUCUAAAGUGAAGGGCUAGAUGGUAAUUUAGGACUACAUUGUUAAGCAAGAACCACCCUACAAUUUCUACAUCUGCCUUAACAUCGUUACAGUAAUUCCAUAUCAGAACUCCCCAAUUAAGCUAUUUUGUGUUUGACCUAAAAUGUAAAUGAGAUGUUUUGUUGCUGAAAUAAAUUUAGUAAGUGAAAA